GGUAAGGAAUUGAAUUUUCCAGCCUAAUGCCAUCCGCCAGUAGGAUGACUUCGGAUCGCCCGCCACGACCUGUAUGACUAUGAGAGAGUCUGGAGUACAUGUACGUGUAGAUGCAGGUUUCUGUUGAGUAUAAAAGCGGAAGAUACUGCAAACAGAAAUCAUCGAACAGCUCCAGCAGCCUUCAGAGCGAAUUCAAGAGCAUCAGAGUAAGUUAUCCUUAUUCUACCUCCAGAAUGCGUGCCCUCAUCGCUAGCUUCUGCCUCCUUCUGGCCCUUGGCCUGGCCUCUGCCACAGGUCAUGGAUCGGGACAGACCUGCUUCAAGCCCGUCCGCGGGCCGAAAGGUGAUACAGGACUUGAAGGCCCGAUGGGACCCGCGGGUGCUGAUGGAGACAUGGGACCCAUGGGCGAGGCAGGUCCGAUGGGCCCUGAUGGUGAGGAUGGUCAGGAUGGAGAAGAUGGCGAGCCAGGUAUGCCCGGUUCACCAGGAGUGAUCACCUUCAUCCCAGUCCAGAUUGUCUUCUCCAACCCAUCUCUGCACGGCCCCAACCCCUACAGAAUCAGCCUGCUCAACUGCAUCUUUGCCUACAGCAAGUUCGCGAGCUGCGCUGGUGGUAACAGCUCCGUCAGCGUCGGCGGGGUGGCCAACUUCGUCCCCAGCGGUGCAACCCUGAUGAACAGCGGACACACUCUGCGAAUUCCGUUCAAGACCAGCUACCUGGGCGAUCCAGUAUGCACAGUGGAGCUCGGUCACGUGUUCUCGCACAUCAAGCUGAACCCACAGGCUACCUACCUGGACAUUACUCUCCCCUACGUCUGGCACAAGGUACGCACUGGCCUUCAGAUCACCUGCCACGGAGCCAUGACCUACUACCGCGGCAUGCAGGUUUCUGUUGAGUAUAAAAGCGGAAGAUACUGCAAACAGAAAUCAUCGAACAGCUCCAGCAGCCUUCAGAGCGAAUUCAAGAGCAUCAGAGUAAGUUAUCCUUAUUCUACCUCCAGAAUGCGUGCCCUCAUCGCUAGCUUCUGCCUCCUUCUGGCCCUUGGCCUGGCCUCUGCCACAGGUCAUGGAUCGGGACAGACCUGCUUCAAGCCCGUCGGCGGGCCGAAAGGUGAUACAGGACUUGAAGGCCCGAUGGGACCCGCGGGUGCUGAUGGAGACAUGGGACCCAUGGGCGAGGCAGGUCCGAUGGGCCCUGCUGGUGAGGAUGGUCAGGAUGGAGAAGAUGGCGAGCCAGGUAUGCCCGGUUCACCAGGAGUGAUCACCUUCAUCCCAGUCCAGAUUGUCUUCUCCAACCCAUCUCUGCACGGCCCCAACCCCUACAGAAUCAGCCUGCUCAACUGCAUCUUUGCCUACAGCAAGUUCGCGAGCUGCGCUGGUGGUAACAGCUCCGUCAGCGUCGGCGGGGUGGCCAACUUCGUCCCCAGCGGUGCAACCCUGAUGAACAGCGGACACACUCUGCGCAUUCCGUUCAAGACCAGCUACCUGGGCGAUCCAGUAUGCACAGUGGAGCUCGGUCAUGUGUUCUCGCACAUCAAGCUGAACCCACAGGCUACCUACCUGGACAUUACUCUCCCCUACGUCUGGCACAAGGUACGCACUGGCCUUCAGAUCACCUGCCACGGAGCCAUGACCUACUACCGCGGCUAAACAUGCUGCGUUGCAGCUACAGCGGCGGUGGAGCUGAAAGAAGCUUCGUAACAACACUGCUCUCUAUCCCCUUUAAUAUCAUAUUCUCAUUAAUAAAUAGAUCAUUUUCUUUGCGACAUCAGUGUACACUCACCUGUUAGACAUGGAUGAGGAACUACAUCAUAAUUAUAUCAUACUAGAUCAAUUCCUUCCAGCACGAUAUAGAGUUGUACAAUGACACAACGUUGUGCUAAUGUUCCAUCCUUUUGAUGUUGAACACUCUAGGCAAUCUGGGAACUUCCGCUAAUGUGCAGUUAUACAUAUUACAAUGUAUUAAAGUGAAUUCACACACCAGGAUUGUUUUCAGAUCCAAGAAGAAGCUGUUUCCAAUUCCAUAAUAUUAUUAUUCCUGAUACUCAGUUCUAUUUUUCACAUCACGUAUAGGGUCUUAUCUUCUUUCUUUUUUUUUUAUCAAGAAUGAACCUUUCCAGCGAAUCCGAAGGCAUUUGGUUACGGGAAGGAUAGGCGCGGCACCCGUAGGACUCUUCA